ACUGGCUUGCUCAACGCCCGCUUACCCCAGUAUCCCACCAUGCACUGCGCCUUAAGAGGAGCUGCUGCAGCCCCUUUUUUUUCUCUGAUGUCCCACAAUUCUGUGCGGCACACUUACCCCCUCGUUCUCCCGGUCUCUCAGACCCUCCCCUGAGCGGGAAAAUGGCGGACACAAUGAGUAGCCACCACAACGUUUUCCUUCUCCUCAUUUCCACAGCUUGAAUUGUACCCGCCUGACGGCGCAGUCGACCCGUUUCUCCGCCCUCCCAGCGUUCCAUCCCCCGCUGUUUCCUUUCCCCGAGGCAGGUUCUGCCCCCUUCCCGGCGUGCAGGCCCCUCCGGCUCCUUUCUCUCCCGGAGGCGGCAUGAAGUUGACGGACAAUGUGCUGCGGAGCUUCCGCGUGGCCAAGGUGUUCCGCGAGAACUCGGACAAGAUCAACUGCUUUGACUUCAGCCCUAACGGCGAGACCGUCAUCUCCAGCAGCGAUGAUGACUCCAUCGUGCUUUAUGACUGCCAGGAGGGCAAACCAAAGAGAACUCUAUAUAGUAAAAAGUAUGGGGUAGAUCUCAUCAGAUACACGCAUGCUGCCAACACUGUGGUGUACAGCUCCAAUAAAAUAGAUGAUACAAUCAGAUAUCUCUCUCUGCAUGACAAUAAAUACAUCAGAUACUUUCCAGGACAUAACAAGAGAGUUGUUGCUCUGUCCAUGUCUCCAGUGGACGAUACCUUUAUAUCUGGGUCACUUGAUAAGACCAUCAGACUUUGGGAUCUUCGGUCUCCAAAUUGCCAGGGUUUGAUGCAUCCUCAAGGGAAGCCUGUAUGUUCUUUCGAUCCAGAGGGGCUUAUUUUUGCAGCUGGGGUCAAUUCCGAAAUGGUGAAGCUUUAUGAUCUUCGCUCAUUUGAUAAGGGUCCAUUUGCUACCUUUAAGAUGCAAUAUGACCGAACCUGUGAGUGGACUGGUUUGAAGUUCAGUAAUGAUGGUAAACUUGUUCUUAUAUCAACCAAUGGAGGGUUCAUCCGACUCAUUGAUGCCUUUAAAGGAGCUGUUCUUCAUACAUUUGCGGGAUAUAACAACACAAAAGCUGUUACACUGGAGGCUUCAUUCACCCCAGACUCUCAGUUUAUAAUGAUUGGAUCAGAGGAUGGGAAGAUCCAUGUCUGGAAUGGAGAGACUGGAAUUAAGGUAGCAGUGCUGGAUGGGAAACACACAGGCCCUAUUACCUGUUUGCAGUUCAACCCCAAGUUUAUGACCUUUGCCAGUGCAUGCUCCAAUAUGGCCUUUUGGUUACCUACUAUAGAUGACUAGUUCUCGAUCCAUCAUUUCCAUUGGACAGUUUUCAUACUGUAUUGACAGCAACAUAUUUCUGAAGACUGUAAUGAAAGUAUUAGGAUUAUGAUGCGGAGACUGAAUGCUCCCAUUCAGCACAUCCUGUGUAUGUUUUGCUAUGCCAGACGCUUGGCUGCAUCCCUUCAAAAGGAUUUCUUCAUUUGGCUGUGCACAUACUGGUUUGGAAACUUGAGGUGCUGGCAAGUAUCAUCCUCCACUGUAGCAGAGCUCAAGUUAGCAGCUUUGCUCUGGUUGAAUAUUGGCAGAGAAAGUGCAUGUUGAUACGUCACUCCUUUUUGUCAAUAACUGUGGGUUAUCACUUGUAUGCUUGUGGGAUUCUGGGCUUGUUUAAAAAUAAACCUUCCAGCAUGUUCUCUCCCAUCUGAAAUAUCAACAGUAUCUACACUGGGCAGCCCUAAGGUAAAUGCUUUCUUGUGCCACAUAACAUUGUGCCAUAUAUACAAUAACCCAGUUGUGUGUGGGGGUGUGGGAGUUUCUUAAGCUGCUCGGCUCUGUAGUUCUGCAAAGUGCUGAAACAACCCUUAGUUUUGAACUCCCAGGAGACUAUGUAAAUGCUUUGGGCCCUUUAACAUGGCAGCACCGAGGACGUACAGGCACUUGGAGUGGAUGAUUCCAAGCAAUAAAUGUUUUUUUCAGUUGCAAUACAUUUUCAAACAGACUGGAUAGAAAUGAAUUCUUUAUAUCCCUUCUUACAGUGUAAUUAUAGCUGAUUAUGUAAAUAUGGGGAGGGUGGGUGAAUGGGGCAUGAUAUGUUUUAACUAUUAGAUAUUAAAAAGUAACUUUCGACCAAUACAGUAUGGUGGAACAAGUCUUGGUUGUUUACCUGCCUUUCACACAGCAUUCCACUUGUUCUACAAAUUUCAAUUACAUUCUUCCAAGGCUAGGUACUUUCCCCUUCCCCAAAGAUCUUCACCCAUUAUCUAUUGUGUCAUUGUAUUAAAACAAAUUUAGUUAGCUUGCUAACUUGAGGGAACUGCAGAAUUUCCAGUUGAUAGCUUGUUUUCUUUCUUGGCUUGAUAGUCUUCAUUAGUACUGCUAACCUGCACAUUUCAAGAAGUAUUGCUCAAGGAAGCAGUUUCAGUGCUUCAUGCUGUAGUAGUUUUGAUCUCCCUUCAAACCACCAAAACAUUUUUGAUCACCCUUACAGCCACCAAAGUAUUUUGAUAAGGAGCUGAGCCACCUUUGGCUAUUCCCUGCCCUUGUUCACACUUCUGGAGCAGGAGAUAAUUUCUCUACAUUGUUGGUUCAUGUUAUACUGUAUUGUAAUCAUGGAUGUUCUGUGCAUCCUCCAGAGACAUACUGGGCAUGAGCCAUUUUGAGGAAUGUGAAGUUUUGAGUUGGUGGGGGAGAUGCUCUAGUUGCCUCUGUACUAACUAUAUUGUAUUUAUAUUUUAAAUGUUUGUUGUUGUUUGUGUCCAGAACCUGGUCACUCUGCAGAGAUAAUGGGCUUAAUCUCUCCUAAACCUGCCCAGGUUCAAUAAUACAGGUAGCUGCAGCUCAGGGAUUUGUCUCAACUUUAUCAACAUCCCACCUGGCUUCUGCUGUGCGAAUUCAGAGUAUAGCAGUAGUAACAGGACACUUGGGUGCAACAUGGAGAUCCAGGGGCUGAAUUGUUGUCAUUUGUAUUCUUGGCACUGAGCUGCAUGUUCUUUUCUAUUAGCAGUUCAGUUCAUUCUUUUAAUAUAGUGUCUUACCACUUUGCUAUAUUUGUGGUUGCACCUGGUUUUAGCUUUUUUUAUAUAAAAAGAGGAACCAAUGACUUUAUUUUUACCUUGAUUAGAUUGUCAUUCAACUGGAGCUGGUUCCCAGUAAACUAAGUGAAAUUUAUGUACUGCAUACCACAUUUAUCUUUUUGCUGGGAGCUAGUUUUGAUCAAACCAUUUCUUUAGAAAAGCUUUAUUUGCAAAUGAACUCGUUUCUUAAGUGUAUUAUAUACAUCCUAAGUUACAUGUUACAUUUUGUAAACCUGUAUUUGCAGCUUGUGUGUGACCUUACAGAUACUUUACAGUCAAAAAUAAAUCACAGUAUUGAUUAUUGAAUAAACCACAAGAAGCACUGCUGUCCUGUAUGAAA